AUGUUUACACAAGGUCAGCAUGUUCGGUCAGAACAUGCAGGAACUAAAGAUGAAGCCUUUGGAAAGAUAAAACCAAUCUGUGUGAGACUCUCCCAAGUUACCUUCAGGAAAGAUGAGCUACUCAUAUUACAGGAUCCGCAGUUAAAACAGUUACUACAAGAUUUGAUUCAAAACUUAGAUAUCCUUAUAACUAAGCACAAAUCGCUUUCAGGGAGGUUUGGAGACUAUGUGUUUGUGCCUAUCUCUGCAAUGUUGAAAACGUGUAAAUCACUUCCGGACCCAAUUGCAACAUUAGUAUUCGAAAUUUUGGCGAGAAUAAUAGACGUUUCGUGGAGUUUACCGGCGACAGUGGAUCGGAACACAUUCUCGCAGCUUCUUUCCCUAUCAACCUUUCUAAUAUCUACCGAUCUAGAAAAUGUCAACCUUCCCAAUAAACCAGACGAAUUCAAGAUUGCUUCCAUCAGACUUUUAAGAGUUUUGUAUUCCACAGCAGCUUUCAAGGAAUGGGAUGCAAAUAUGCUCCCAGCAAUUGCACACUCAAUCACCAUUUUGUUAACAUUAUUAGAAAAUAGCAAUAUGUCAAUCCAGUUAGAGAGCUCAAAAACACUAAGAUUACUGUACAGAGUAAUAAAUGACGGAGAAAUGUUAAGUAAUGUGGUUCCCGGAAAUGUCUCUACAUUUGCUAAGAUUCUCUCUCGUCCAGGGUUGACUACUCAUGUGAAAGUGGCAAGUGAUGUAUUAUCGACUAUGUCAGAACUAUUGUGUAUGGUAUAUGGUGACUCUUCUUUGGAAACUUUCAUCAAAACGUCUACAGGAAAUACUGCUGUUGAAGUAAAAAAUCCAGGAAAGCACAGAACUACCAAAUGGUUAAAUGCCACAUCAAUUCAAUUGAAACGCGCACUUGAACCCACCUUUUCAAAGCUCACUAAAAGGAAUAAUGAAAAACUGAAUGGUGAACUAUUUGAAGCUUGUGUUCUACUACUUAAUAAAUGCCAUAAUUCACUUUAUGGGUGCAGAGAAGUUAUACUAAAGACGGCUCUUACAGUAGCAAGGGAUAACGUCUUUGCAUUAGAAAGAUUCAAGAACGAUAUUGCAGCAUUCAUGAGAGAUAACAAUAUUCAGGUCGAAACAAACUUCGAAGAAAUCAACCAAUAUAAUAUUGUGAAUAAUGCAUUAAGAAUUUUGGAUACAGAUCAGCUUGAGGAAUAUCAAAUAUCAAAAACUGUUGCUUAUGGAAUAUAUGACUCUUUGAAAACCCAUUUGUUGAGUUUAGACAAAACAGAGAACAUUAAUUUAAUUAAGGUUACCAGUUCAGAGGUAAACUACUUGGUAACAUCGGGAUCUCUUAAUAAUUCUGAAGUUUCCAUAAUUCCGAAAAUAUCAUCUACAGCGUACGAAAAUGUUACAAAUAUUUUACUGCAACUAGGAUCCAAGAUGAGCGCCUCUUCAAUACAAGAACAAAUCAUUGAGUUUCUUUCAAUAGAAUCAGAUGUCUUAAAAAACUCAAACGAAGCUCUUUGGAUAGCUUCAACUUUAUUAACAGGGUAUAAAAACACUGACAUAAGUGAUUUUCUUGCGCAUGAUUCAGACCCAAUCUCCUGCCAAUAUGACAUUAUAGAAAUGGCAAAUGAGCGGGUAUCAAUUUUAUCGAAUCAAACGGAACUAAACGAGUUGCAGCGCACCAAUUUGACUAUGAAUUUGUUUGCUAUGAAACAAAUGAUUAUUCUAAUGGGUAAAGAUUUCAAAGAUGAAAUGUUAGAUUACAUCUAUAAUGUCAUUGAAUGUUUCGCAAGCGAUGAUGAGAACACAAGAUUCAUUUCGGGAAAUAUUCUUCAAUAUUUGGCCAAUGAAUUCUACCAGGGUGCAAUGCUAAAUUUGUUUCAAGAUAAUGUUAAUUACAUAAUUGACGGAAUCUCAGUUAGACUUGACAAUUGUCUAUUCCAUCGUGCAUAUAUGGUUCUUCGUGUAGUGAUAAAGGUUUCUGGAUACGAUCUUGUGGAACGUUUGAAUGAUAUCCUAGAGAAGCUAUUUUGGAUGUUAGGAUAUUAUCAUGGAUACGAUGACCUCUGCACUGUACUAUUGAACUUAUUCAUAGAGAUUUCAUACAAGAUACAAUACACUUUCUUGAGCAAAUCGAGCGGACAAUCUAUCGAGAUCAAAACCUGGAACCAGGAUUCCUUCAAGCCAUGGGGUAUGUCUAAUAUCGAACAAGUAUUAAAUGUAUUGGAUCAGGAGAAAACUGCUGCAGAUGAUUAUGGUAGCAUUGCUGAGGUAGAACCACCUGAACAGACGGCCGAGGAGUUUUUCAAGGAAAGGUUUGAAAAGGAUAGCGAUGACGAAGAUGAAGACGAAGAAGAUGCUGUAUCGGAGAACAAUUCCUCGGUGAAUAAUGGGGAGGCGAAAGAUGAGAUGAAAUGGGAGUCCCCAAUAUCAAGGGAUGCCUAUAUGUUACUUUUAAGGUUUUGGACGUACGCAGACAGGCUCUUAACACAUUCAUCGCGUUCCGUGAGAAAUAAAUGCUUAGAUCUACUUCUCUUACUAUGUCCCAUGCUCUCUACACAGCAGGCGGUCUUUUUACCAAACGUUGCCAAAGUCUGGGAUAUCGUUGUACGGUCAGCCAUCUCCGAGGAUCUCGCACAAGUUGGUAGAAGUUACGAACUUUUAAACUCUUUGGUUUUACACACUGAUUCCUUCCUCAUGAAAAGGGUACUAGAUAUGUGGAAACUCUUUUCUGCAAGGGACACCAUGGUAUCCAAAAUGCUUUCUCCAAUUUCCAAAUCUACUAGAGUCCACACAACGAACACUUUGCAACUACAAGCAUACCUUCGUUGCAGCAAAUUGCUUAUAACGUGUAUGAACCAAUUCGGGCUACAAUUACCGGACCAUAUAACCAUAGAGAUGUGCAAGUGUUUACAAUCAUUACCCAAAGACAACAACAGUUGCAGCCCCACUCAAAUUGAAUCGAAGCACGUGACCAACAUUCUUCUCUUACUAAAUCUAAGAUCACAAUGA